AUGUUCAGCUUCAGGAAGAAAACUGCAGGAUGGACUCUCCUCUGUGCCGUCGCGGUCGCUCGUGCCGAAUUCCGCUCGCAGCAACCCAUGCAGGUCGGUUUUCCGGUGAUCGAUGACAAUUUUGGGAAAUAUAUCGAGGAAAUGCUUGUGAACCACACUAUCCACGGGCUCUCGGUGGGCAUCGUCCGCCCGGACGGCGUUAUCGAAACCGGUGGCUGGGGCGAGCGCACUGAAAGUGGUGAUGCCUUCACCCCCGACACUCUCAUGGCUGUUGCCUCGGUGUCGAAAGCGUUCGUGUCGGCCUCGAUGGGCAUCCUGAUGGAUGACUUUGCCAAAGGGACGAACGUUACCUCGCUGCCACCGUCGAUCGAGGUGUUCGACUUGGAAACGAAGAUCGAUGCGCUCCUGCCCGAGGACUGGGGGCUCGAUAACGCAUGCUCCGAAAACGGUACCAAUGUGCGCGACCUGCUGUCCCAUUCCACUGGACUUCCGGAUCACUCCCAAUCGCAUUUCCGGGAGGAAUCGCCCCCGGAUAUCGUCGCUCGUCUUCGCCAUCUCAGGACGUCGACGGGACUUCGGCACUCCUGGUUGUACAGUAACAUGAUGUACAUGACCGGAACGCACAUCAUCAAGAAAUACUCUGGAAUGUCCUACGAGGAUUUCGUUACCGAGCGCAUAUUCAAGCCGCUUGGGAUGCAGGACAGCACCUACUCGCCGAAGAAUGCGGAAGCAACAGGGAAGUUCUCGCAGUCUUUCGAGACCUCCGGCCGACGCAUCCCCCACGCGAUCGACGACCAGAUUGCGCCCAUCAGCGCCGGUGGCGGCGGUUGCAUCACGAACGUGGCGGACCUGUCGCGAUGGCUGCAAAUGUUCUUGCACCAAGGAGUCGAUCCGGUCACAAACAAGAGGAUCCUCCCUCAGUCGACGUACGAUGCCGUGACCUCGCCGGCGUCCAUUAUUCCAGCUCUCCCCGGAUUCCAAAUCGCCCCGGUCAUGGUUUACGGUCUCGGCUGGAUGAGGAACACGUUCUACGGAAUGGAUAUGAUAUGGCAUGCUGGUGCAAUCCCAGGCGUAUCGGCACUCGCUGCCCUUUUCCCCGAGAUCAACACAGCUGUCGUCGUGCUCGCGAAUGCUGACAACAAGUCUGACGCCACGAUCGCGAUAGGAGGGCAGAUUAUAACUUCGAUAGUUGGGCAACUGACAGACGGGCAAACUGACCCUGAAGACAGCACCGCCUCUAUGCCUAUGCAGUCGCGGACGGCAGGACGCGCUCAGGCGAUAUCCCUCAUGGAUCUGGCGGGAACGUACUCCGAUCCAGGCUAUGGCACUUUCAACCUCUGUGCUCCGGGAAGCUCGUCGUCGUACUGUCACGAUGUGAUAUCCAAUUUCUCGACCGUCGACGGGUCGUUGGGGGACACGCCGCAGCUCCUCGCCGCCUCGGCUCGCGUAUGGUCCAGCCACAUCCGCUUCACCCAGCAUUCCGACAACGAGAACGUGUUCGACGUCCGCUUCACGACCCUGUACCCGCAAGGCUACGGCAAGGACACAUCGCCGUUCGAGAUGAUGAAACUCGGAGAGGGGAUGACGACGGCCGAGUUUGUGCGGAAUCUGCAGGGUCAGGUGAUUGGAUUCGGGCUGUUUGGGGUGGCAGGAGAGGUGACGAACAGGAUGCGGGCGGGCGGGACGGUGCAGGAGCGGGCGGAUGCGUGGAUGGCGAAAGUGCCUGAGAGGCGCCGCCCUCACGCCAGCGCCGGAGGAUCGUGCCAGUGUCGCGAGUGAGGGGAGGCAAUUCAAAACGGACAUCGAUCGCAGUGCUCAGAUACUCUUCGAUGCGCACAACAAUCGCACUUCUUGGCCAAAAACCCGGGACCGCUCGAAGUCCUGACUCCCUCUGUAAUAUCGUUUCAGUCGCUCUAGCCUUGUGAAUCAAUAUUCCC